AUGUCCACCCCUACUGAGGGGGUUUCUAGGAACGGACACUCGUCGCCUGAUCGCUCCAUCGAAGCAGACACGCUGGCAGAACGACACCGUGCCGACAGCGAUCUCUCCGACGUUCACAGCGACCUCUCCGACGCCGACCGGUCCCCGCUUGCCGGUACCGGCCAGGAAGAGCUGAAUGGUAUAGACCAUGAUGUCGAAAUGGACGAGAGCGACGUGACGAGUCAGGAUAACGCGUCGGAUGAUGGCGACUACGACGCUCAGGGGAGUCCGCCCCCGAAUCACGACGACGACGACGACGACGUCGACGUCGACGCCGACCAAGAGGAAGACCAUGUCGCGGACGAGGAGCCCGCCAGCUCCACCGACUCCAACAGGGUCCCCAAGCGAAAGGCUGCCGCUGUUGAAGAAUCCUACAUGAGGGCUAACCCAGAGCUGUAUGGUCUACGACGAAGUGUCGACUCGGAUGAUUCUGAAUCCGAUGCUCCUCCCGUCAACCGCCGAAACACGAAACGUCGCCGUGUCGAGUCAUCUACGGCCUCAUCCAAAAGGGACACGCCCGUUCGACAACCGUCGUCCAACGAUUCGGACUCAGACUCGGACGUCUACGGCGGAGCUCGCGCACGAACCCAGCGGAAAAAGGCCCGGCAAAGAAAGGUGGCACAGCCCGAGCUUGUACAGCAGGGUGCCUACGAGGAGAGUGACUUCGAGGAGGAGGAAGAAGAAGACGUGGUGGUUAGCAACUACGUUGCCGACUACGUCGACGACUCGCCCUACAUCGAGAAGGUGGUCAAGCACCGGUUGAAAGAUGGCUUAGAGCUGGCUUAUGACCUGGAGCGCACCGACUUCGAGUACUUCAUCAAGUGGCAAGGCAAGUCUCAUCUGCACGACACAUGGGAGUCCAUCGACUCUCUCAAGUACGUCCGAGGCCUCCGCAAGGUCGAUAACUACUUCAGGAAGUGCGUCGAAAUGGAGCUUGAGAUGCGUUUCGGCUGGGAUGUGCCGCCCGAGACAAAGGAGCAGUUCUUCCUUGACCGGGAACGCGACUUGGAGGCCUUUGAGGACUUCACCAAGGUCGAGCGUGUCGUGGCCAUCAGGGAUGGCGACGGCGGGGACGAGUACUACAUCAAGUGGAAGGGCCUGCCUUAUGACGAGUGCACGUGGGAGCCUGCAUCGGAGAUUGCUCCCAUGUUCCAGGACAAGAUUGAUCAGUACCUCGACAGGAGCUCACGGUCGUGGCAGUCGGAUCGCAAAGAAUCAAAUCUCAACACGCGGUCUCGCAUGACGAAGCUCGACAAGCAGCCCGACUACAUCAAGGGGGGAGAGCUCCGAGAGUUCCAGCUCAAGGGCCUCAACUUCCUGUGCCUCAACUGGACGCGGGGCAACAAUGUCAUCCUCGCCGACGAGAUGGGCCUGGGCAAGACUGUGCAGACCGUCUCGUUCCUCAGCUGGCUGCGCAACAACCGUCACCAGGAGGGACCCUCGCUGGUCGUCGCCCCGCUCAGCGUCAUCCCCGCCUGGUGUGACACCUUCAAUACCUGGUCCCCCGACAUCAACUACGUCGUCUACCUGGGCCCCGAGGACGCGCGCAGCAUCAUCCGCGAGAACGAGCUGCUUAUUGAUGGGAACCCUAAGAAGCCCCGCUUCAACGUCCUGGUCACGUCCUACGAGUACAUCCUGCAGGACUGGCAGUUUCUCCAGUCCAUCAAGUGGCAGGCCCUGGCCGUCGACGAGGCCCACCGUCUCAAGAACAGCGAGUCCCAGCUGUACGCCCGACUCCUCUCCUUUGGCGUCCCGUGCAAGGUCCUCAUCACGGGCACCCCCAUCCAGAACAACCUUGCCGAGCUGUCGGCCCUGUUGGACUUCUUGAAUCCCGGCAAGGUCGACAUCGACGAGGAUCUCGACUCGUUGUCUGCCGCCGACGCGCAGGAGAAGCUGCAGCAGCUGCACAGCUCUAUUGCGCCGUACAUCCUGCGCAGGACAAAGGAGACUGUCGAGUCGGACCUGCCGCCCAAGACGGAGAAGAUUAUCCGCGUUGAGCUGUCGGACGUCCAGCUGGACUACUACAAGAACAUCCUCACGAGGAACUACAGUGCCCUGUGCGAUGCCACAAACGGACACAAGAACUCGCUGCUCAACAUCAUGAUGGAGCUGAAGAAGGUCAGCAACCAUCCGUACAUGUUUGCCGGUGCCGAGGAGAAGGUCCUGGGCGGAAGCGUGCGGCGUGAAGACCAGAUCAAGGGUCUGAUCGCCAGCAGUGGCAAGAUGAUGCUCCUGGACCAGCUCCUUACCAAGCUCAGGAAGGACGGCCACCGCGUGCUCAUCUUCAGCCAGAUGGUGAAGAUGCUCGACAUCCUUGGCGACUACCUCUCGCUGCGUGGUCACAAGUUCCAGCGCCUGGACGGUACCAUUGCCGCCGGCCCUCGACGCAUGGCCAUCAACCACUUCAACGCCGACGAGAGUGAAGACUUUUGCUUCCUGCUCUCGACACGUGCUGGCGGCCUCGGUAUCAACCUGAUGACGGCCGACACCGUCGUCAUCUUCGACUCGGACUGGAACCCCCAGGCUGAUCUCCAGGCCAUGGCCCGAGCCCACCGCAUCGGCCAGAAGAAGCCCGUCAACAUCUACAGACUGGUCAGCAAGGAGACGGUCGAGGAAGAGGUCCUGGAGCGUGCACGCAACAAGCUCCUGCUGGAAUACCUGACCAUCCAGGCCGGCGUGACGGACGACGGAAAGGCCGCCUUCCAGGCUGAGCUCAACAAGAAGGGCCUCAAGACGGACGCCGCGUCGUCCAACGAGGAUAUCCAGAUGGUGCUCAAGAUGCGCUCCUCCAAGAUGUUCGAGCAGUCCGGUAACCAGGAGAGGCUGGAGCAGCUGGACAUCGAUUCGAUCCUGGAGAAUGCCGAAGUCACCAAGACCAAGGUCGAUGACAAGAUCAACCUCAGCAGCGGCGGCAUCGACUGGGACAAUUUCAUGCAGAUCACCGACGUCAAGGUGGACGACAUCAACCUGGACUGGGAUCAGAUCAUCCCGGCCGAGAAGCUGGCCGAGAUCAAGGCGGAGGAGGAGAAGAAGAAGCACGACGACUACCUGGCGAAGGUGGCGGCCGAGAGCGCCCCUCGCCGAGCCACGAUCAAGGGUCGUGGCAACAACGAGACGGAUAGGGCGGACCGGCUGAAGAAGCGCCGGAAAGAGCAGGAGCAGGAAGCGGCCGAGAAGCGGGCGGCCAAGGCCGACCCGCGACGGCCGCUCUCGGUGACGGAGCAGCGCGUGCUCAUCAAGGCCUACUUCCGGUUCGGAUCCAUGGAGCACCGCAGCGACGACAUCAUCAGGGAGGCCAAGCUCACAGACCGGGACCCGGAAGUGAUCAAGUCGAUGGUGGACGAGUUUGUCAAGAAGGCGCAGGACGCCGUGGACGAGAACAACGCGCGAGUGGCCGAGGAGGAGAUGAAGACUGGCAAGGCGCUCAACAAGAAGGACCGCAAGGCGGUGCUCAUCGACUUUGGCGACCUGAAGAAGGUGAAUGCCGAGACGGCCAUCGAGAGGCCCUUGCAACUGCAGCUCCUGCACCAGGCCAUCCGCGCCUGCACCGACUUCAGGACGUUCCGUCUCCCGGACGCCACCAAGGGCGCGAGCUACAGCUGCCCGUGGGGUGCGAGGGAGGACGGCAUGCUCCUGGUGGGCAUCGACCGCCACGGCUUCGGUUCCUGGAGCAGCAUCCGCGACGACCCGGACCUGGAUAUGCAGGACAAGCUCUUCCUCGAGGAGGGCCGCGUGGCCAAGAAGGAGGAGCGCAGCAAGGCAAACGACAAGCAGAAGGCGCCGGGCGCCGUGCACCUGGUCCGCCGCGCAGAGUACCUCCUGUCGGUGCUGCAGUCCAAGAGCAGUAAUAACAGCUCGGACCGCAUGCCGCACAGGACGGUCACCAAGAAGUCGGCGGCCGCGGCCAACGGCCACCGCUCAGGUGGGGGCACAGCGUCGCCCGCGCCCUCUAGCCUCAAGAAGGUCCGCGACAGGGAGAAGGAGCACGGCCACCACCGCUCGCGCAGCAGCCAGCUCGACGAGCGCGACCGCGACCGCGACCGCGACCGCGGCACGCCUCGCCCCGACUUCAAGCGCAAGCAGUCGGCGUACGACGACGGGCGCAGCCCGAAGCCUCGCAGGCCAGAGGACGGACGUCGGACGAGCAAGCACGACGACGACCGCCGGCGCCACCGUGACGACGACCACCACCACCACCGUCGCGACGACAGGCACCACUACGACGACCGGCACCGCGACGACCGGGACCGGGACAGGAACAGGGAUCGCUACAGGGAGCGGGAGCGCGACAGAGACAGGCACAGCCGCGACGACAGGCGUGAUCGCGACCGCAACCAUCGCGACCAUCGCGACCACCGCGACCGCGACCGCGACCGCGACCACAGACGAUCGAUGGAUCACCACGGGAGUCACGGCGGCGAGCCGUCCUCGUCAGCUGCCCGCGUGCCGGACGAGCGCAAGGCCAAGGCCCUCCGGCGGCUGGACGAGCUCCGGCGCAUAGGAGACGAUGCCGACCAGCGCGACAAGGACAAUGACGCUCUCAUCUGGUACCUCCUCAAGCCGGUGCGGGAGAACUUCGAGAACAUCCUGUCGACAACCAAGGACACGGUCAAGUCGAGUAAGGAGAGGGCUUCCAUCUUUGGCGGUGAGCUCACAGUCAUUGGGGAGUUUCUGGACAGGAACUUUACCGGGGCGAACGAUACUAUGAAGAGUAAUUUCUGGGACUUUCUGGCUGCUCUGUGGCCGGUAGAUGAAACAUCCAAGAGUGUGACGGGCAAACGACUGAGCAACAUGUACCAGACAUUGAGUGCGCGCAAGAACAGAGCGUGA